AUGGAUGCCAGGUCUCUGAGGGCAACACCCUCACAAGAGACCUUGAUCUCCCUCCUCCAGCUCGAACCACAACCAAUUGCAGACACCGACAAAGAGCUGCCCCCUCUGCCAGAAGAGUCGACCACGACGACAAGAUCAAUCGGGCUGGAAGACACAGAAAAAUUGUUAAGGUCAGGGCCGUCUCGCGGCACCUCAUCUCUGGGUCUCAGUGGGAACAAUCAUGGCUCCAUCUACUACUUGACACGCAUUCAGCGAUGGUCGACAUAUGCCCUCUCAAUCUUCACCGGAAUCCAUAUUGCCAAUACCUCCCUCAUCCCCUUGGCCACGAGAUCCGUUCCGGCCUCCGAGUCCUACCUACUCCUCGCCCGCGAAAUCUACCAGACCCCGCUCACCGAGCCUCUCUUCAUCGCACUCCCCAUCGCCGCACACAUCGCUUCCGGGAUCGCCUUGCGCCUCGUGCGCCGCUCCCAAAACCUCAAGCGCUAUGGCGGUGCUACUCCCGCCGUCUUUCCCCAAAAGUCCUCCACCUCCUCGACGUUCUCCUCCUACUCCUUGACCGGGCCCAGAAGCCCCUGGCCGACCAUGAGCCUCAUCUCCCUCGCUGGUUAUGGGUUCUCGGUCCUCCUCGCUGGCCACGUCUUCAUGAACCGCCUGCUGCCUCUGCAUGUCGACGGCGACAGUAGCAAUAUCGGCCUUGCCUACGUCGCGCACGGCUUUGCGCGUCAUCCGGCCACCUCCUACCUUGUCUAUGGCGGCUUGCUGACAGUAGGCUGCGGGCACAUGGUCUGGGGCUGGGCGACGUGGCUCGGCCUCGGACCCCUGGCUGGCUGGCAUACUGACCUGAAGAGCCUGGGGAGCACACGGAACCGUGACGAGGAUGCGAGGCGCAGGAAGAGGAGACGCAGGAUGUGGCUCGGAGUGAAUGGCGCCGCAGUCAUUGGAACGCUGCUGUGGGCGGCGGGAGGGCUGGGCGUCGUGGCGAGAGGGGGACGGAUGGAUGGAUGGGUUGGGAAGGUCUAUGAUGAUUUAUAUGCCACUGUCGGCCAAUAGAGAGGCAGGAAGGCCUUAUCAUGAUGUCCAAAAGCCAGAGACGGAUGGUAGAUACUUGCCAUGUCAGAUAUAGAACAUUGUUAUACAUGCACAAAGGUCGCAUAAGAGAUUGGCUAGAGAUAGACACCUGGCAUAUCAGAAAGCAUUGUAUAUUCCUUUGCG